AUGAUUUCCGCACAUUGUUUACUUAACAGGGAAUUAACUGCUGAGCAGAUCAAGUCUCGCGUCUUUGGGAAGCAGGAUGGGUUUGAUUUAGUCUCAAUGCAUUCAGUUAAACGUUUUGCGAAGCAAGGUUCUGCUGCAGUGUCAUCGGGUCAUAAUGACAAGGAGGCCGGAAAUGAGCAGUUCCCCGAGCAAAAUAUAACAGGUAGUGCCAAGCUAGAUCCGGCGUGGCGUGACUACUUAUUUUCAUCUAGAAAGGGUGUGGAGUGGAUGGAUGAAAUUUCUAUAACACUAUUUAGGUCAAAGCGGUCGUCUUACUUGAGGGAAAGGGAAUCGGAGUCAUUUUGA